UUUUCGCAGGCCCUUAGCUCGCGUGCACGCUUAACUGGGCUUGAUGGGAUUUCUGGUGUUGAUUCAAACGACGUUAUUGUAUUUGCCAGCCACAACGACAUGGAACUGUGUCGUCCGCAACUGCCAAAAGCAAAGUAAGGUGCAGUUUUGGCAGGCGCGGGAUGCUGUCAGAGCACAGCAUGGCCGGACAAUAUCAGAGACACUGACAUCAUCGCUCAGCUUUGCCGAGUCCAAUGGAGGAGGUGAUGCAGCUGCAAAAUCACGAACCAUUCAUGUGUUAUGUUUCUCUGAUAUCAGAUUGUCCACCGGCUACACGUGGCUAGGGAUUCAUCAGUAAUGUUCUGGGCUAACUUGGACUAGCAUCUCUUGCAACCGCGCUAGGUGUAAGUAGGUUUGCUUUGGUGACGCUUAUUGUAGGCAGAACUUUGUGUAGCUGCCAUGUGAUUGUGUCGACACGCUGCGAACAGACGCAUACCUGGUGAAAGGAAGCACUGUAUUGUAGGCCAGGAGAAGUCGACAGUGAGGGGACAUGAAGCUAACAGCGUUACUCCGUGCACGCAGGUCCAUUCAAAGGGUAACUGA